AUGGUUGGAGUGAUACGAGGUGUAAGUAGGCAGAAAGCCUUCUGUGCGAUCUGCUCCAGAAAUUACUCCUCCUCGAACGACGAGUUUGUCGAUCUCAUCAAACAACUAGGAUCCGUCUACAGACAGCCGUCGCCAACAAGAGACGCAAAGCUUCAGGUUGAGGUUCCUCGGCCUAAACCCAACAGAAAUACAGAUUUUGCCGUUCCCGUGUCGCCUCUGGUGAAGUUUUCCACAGUGGACGCUUUGGCAUCAAUCCUUUCCCCGGUUCAUCAUGACCAAAGCAUACUGCUGUCCAACCAGUCGGAAAUCAAAUGGGAUAAACUGCAAUUUAGAUCACCGCAUUCUGCGUUGAUAUAUUUUACAAAGUCCGGAGCUGUUUCCAGAACUGAUCCAAUACCGAAAAGGGCGACUUUUGAUGAUAUGGGCGACGAAAGCGCAAAGCCGAUAUCGGGCUGCUCGCAGAAGAUGACGGAGAUGAUCCAGAAAGCCUUCCUAAGUCCAACUUGUUCUAAAGCAGAAUUGACCGAGUUACUGGAGAAUCUAUUGAAGAUAACCAAGUACUCCAAUGUCGUUUCUAUGACCAAAAGAUGUGAAGUUGCUCUCUUUCUACUGCAGAGUCUGCCGGAGAAGAAGUCCAAGUACACCAAAGAGGUGAUCGAGACCAUUGCCGAGUUUGUGGAAAGCCAGGAGGAUCUGAUAAAACAUGUGAUUCCUAGGUUGUGUCGGAUGGAAGCUACGUUUGCCAGUCCUGAAGGCUGUGCCAUUUUGGCCGAAAUGCUGAAGGGUCGUUCUCUGAUGCCUCUCUCGGUGUAUGCUACGCAAAUGCUUGCUCGCGGUCUCGCUGAACGCAAAGCGAAUCCCGAUUAUACCGAGCUGAUAAGACAAUGUCUCAUAAGUGUUGCUGCAAAGAACAGGAUGCCGGAAUUUGGCGUGGUGGAAACGUAUCUCCAACGUGCACUGACCCCGGAGGUUCUGGCCAAUAAAGACGAGGCCCUCAGAUUGCUCUCCCCAUUUUCUCGUGUCUUCAAUUCUACUUUGAAUGCUCGACUUCUGAGGAAGAUGCUGCCACUUAUGAACUCAAUGCAAGACAUUCAUUUUCUGCUGAAUGUGCUCUUUGACCAGGGCAAUCGUUCUCACGAUGUUCGCAAGUCCACGGCCACUCACGUUCUCAAAGAGUGUCACCAUGAAAUUCUCUCGAGGAUAUUCGACUUUGAGCUUGAUCCGAAACUGCUCCACCUUCAAGCAGCCUCUUUCACAAGCGUUUUAACCAGACUGCAGUACAUCAUGAACAGCGAUUUCGAUGCCAAAGCAAACACACAGAUCCUGUACAUAUUCUCCAAGUUGCAGAGCACGUUUGCCGUUCAAAAGUACCUGAAGAAAAUGACGCCCUCGUCAGAGGUGGUGAGAAAUGUCAUUACCGUCUUCGGAGACCCCUCCGGUAUUCCAUUUGUUCCUGGUUAUGAGAAAUCGGUGCAGGAAGCCUAUCUCAAGUAUUUAAAUGAGAGCAGUCACAUUUGA